AUGGGCCACAACCCCUGGGAGGACCUCCACAAGAACAUGGAGAGGAUGCUUCAACAGCAGGUCACGGGCGGCUCCGUAGGGAGCCAGGCGCUGAUGCCGCGUCCGAUGCAGAUGCAGAUGCAGCUUGGUGGCCUGCUGGACAUGUUCGGCGACCACCAUGCAGGACACGUCGGCCUCGCACAGGGGAGCUUCCAGGUGCACGAUGACCACGAGACUCAGAUCGUGAUCUCUGCCGUUCUCCCUGGCUACGAGUUCGGUGCCGCGAGCGCUUCCAGCGAGAAGCCGCUGUCCGUGCGAGCCAUCCGCGGCAGGUCUCUGGUGAUCAGUGGCCGCCACCGGCAAGGGCCCCUCAUCAGCUCCUGGCAGCGCGUCUUCUCGCUGCCGAAGGGCUCCGACGUGGGCCAUGUCUCUGUCACGUACAACUCCGGCACCGGCAACCUGACUGUGACCGUCCCACGUAGUAAUGCGACAGUUGCAGAGGAGUCAGACGGCGAAGAGAAUGCCGGGAUGGAUGACAUGCUGCCCCCAGCGCUUCAAGCGCUGCGGAGCGGGGUGCCGUUGCUGGUCGGGAACAUGGGCGCCCUCCAGGCGGGCGGAGGCACAUUCAAAGACUUGGAAGCUGUUCGUUGCCAGUCGUUACAUGGCGACGUUGCAACGGCCAUCGGCCAGCAGGUGGAGCAGAUGAUUCUGCAAGCCAAAAAAGACUCAGAAGCCCGGGUGAGGCACGAGCUCAAUGUCGCCAGAAGCCAGUUGACACAGAUGGAGUCACACAUCACCGAGCUGUCGGAGCGUGUCACCCGCUGCGUCCGAUUAAAUUCGGGAGGCACUGCCCCUGGAGUCGAUCCGGCAAUGACUGUGGACCGUGCCUUUUUGAGUCAGAAGAUCAAGCAGCUGGAGCAGAAGUGGGGAUCCGAGGUCAAGGCCCUGAAGCAGGACCUUCAUCGAACUAUCCUCGCUCACAACCACAACUCGGACCUCAUGCGUCAUCACCGAGACGCCUUGGACGAGGCACGCCGGAAGUUGGACAGCCAGCCGGCCCCAAAGGCCGACCAGGUUGACGCGCAGAUCGACAAAGUGGACCGAAUGCUGCGUGCCGGCGCCGCCAAGCAGCGGGCGCUGGAUGCCCUGACCGAGCGCCUCACCCAGCUGGAGACGCAGGCGGCCCAGAUGUUCCCGGCGGCGCCUGGUUUUGGCACAACCGCGGUGCCACCAGGCCUGUCGGCGGCACCGGCCGCUGCGGUCCCGAAGAAGCCCGGGAAGAAGGAUGGAGACCUGCCGAGCGAGCUGGAAGUCCGAGCGCACUUGGAGAAGGCUGCCCUUGGACAAGGUAGCAGCUUCAAUGCAGAGGCACCCAUCUUCAUUCCUCGUGGGGCGGUGGAUGUGGAGGCCCCAAAGGCCGCCUCGGUCCCCAAAGCGGAUGCAGGCGCUCCGAUCACCCUCCCUGUGCCAGCGGGAAGCUUGGAGGUGCUCCCAGAUGCAGGCGAGAAGGAUGCGGCCUUGAUCCUAGGUGAAGCAGCUUCGGUAGAAGAACCAGUGGAGGUUGAGGAAGCCCCCGCAGCAGAAGCCGAGGAGGUGCACUUGUCACUGCGUUUUGCCGGCGGGAGGCCAUGGAAAUGCCUCGGGGCGGGUGCUUACGGUGAGAUUCUGCACUACACCGUGAACCCGUUAAAACAAGCGCGCUUUCGGAUUUCGGAUUUCGCAAAGACUUCCGGGCUCCAUGCACGCGUGCGAGGCAGAACGCUGCGAGAUGGUGAGUUUUCUUUCCUCACACGUGCAGCAUCUCCGGAGACAGGUCUCGAGGAUGUCUUGGGUCAGGUCCUCGGACAGUUGGACCAAAUGCAUCCGAGGAACCAUCUCCCGGCGGCCAGACAAGUCCCCGAGGAUGCAGUCGUGAAUUUAGUCGGCUGCUUCGCUGAGUCACAGCUGGAGCAGGUGAAGCUGAAAUACUACGGUGAAGAAAACGCCGCGAAUUUUGCAGCCAUGUACUGGCAUGCGGAGACCGAUCAUGUACCCUCCUCAGCUUUCGGUGCAGCAGAACAUUUGUCAAGUGUUUGUCCUGACUCGGGGUGCGAGCCACUCGUCUGCGGCUUCAGGCGAAGACUCGCCAACCAAUGCCGCCAACGUGGUCGGGGAUGCGCCCUCGCAGGCGAGCGAAAGCCCUCGACGGGCAUCACUGCCUCUUGCUCAGCUUGCAGAUGGUCUCAUCCAGCGCAAUGCGGCCCUCAAGAAGUUCGGCUCUCGCAGAGAAAGCACGCAGCUGCCCGCUCCCCUACCCGCGGCGGGCACCAGCACCGUCCCCGAGGAGGUUGCCGAAAGCUUCAUUUCGGAUACUUCCGAGUCGGACGUGGUCGAAUGCAACCUGACGACCAGUGCCCUCUUCGGGGCCUUGUUCCAGUGCCAGCGGAGCUCCUCCUCCCAGGCGGAGGAGCGAGGCGGCCUUUGCCAGAACGCUUGCCGCCGCAUCUGCGACUGGCUGACCCCGAGAAGCCUGGCGCAUUUGGCGGAGCAGGUGGUGCACGCCGGGGUCCUCACGAAGCGCUCCAAGUACAUCGGGGCUUGGCGGGUGCGGUGGGCCGUGCUUACGCCCACGUCCCUCAAGAUGUUCAAGUCUUCCGGCGCCUGGCGGCUCCGUGA